AUGCUUAUUUACUGGACGGGCACUUGGGGCAGUGACAUCAAGUGGGACGGCGGCAUAAUCAGACUAGUCUUCUUCGGUCCUAAACCGUGGCACGUCACUCCACCUAAAACUACGCUCUUCCAUAAACGGGAAGGCUCUUCGAAGGCCGGAUCAUCUCGUUUUGCCGGCGAGGAUGAAGAGCGAAGUCCAUUCACACCUCCUCCGGCGUACAUGACCGUUGGCAGCGGUUCGACCUCGGCGAGUGCCACGGCGCUGAUGACAUCGUUGAACAACGACUCUGGUUACGGUGGUAGUGUCGCUGGUGACAGCUCUGCUGACCUUGACGGCAGUGCCGCCUGGCGCGCUGGCCUGCUGGAGGAUCGGCCAACGCCGCUUCACACUCCCACACGCACUGGGGAAUGGAAUCCUGCAGCUGAGCAUGAAAGGCAGGUCGUUGCCAAUCAUGUCCACCAACUUCUUUAUAACUCGAACCGCACAAAACUCGGUCGCGCUAUUUCACGAACUAUCGAGACGUUGAAGGAGUUGCAGGAAAUGAAUCGUCAGUGGCCAGCACACUAUCCCUCCGUACAAAGCGCCCCACAAUCACCCUCGGAUCGACCGCGGAUUUCGCACACUUUCUCGCAGAUUGGCCACGAUGGAGAUGAAGACGCUAUGACAAGACCUGAGUUGAGGCGUGCAGCGACUACUUUUGGUGGCGAUGAUUUAUCUGAAUCAAGUGUUGCGGCUGAACGCCGCAUACCUGCGGGGCCUCGCUUGAUGACCCCCCAGAUCGCGCAGGAGUUCUCCAUCUUGAAACUUGACUUGAAGUUGGGUGCGCUCUCACAAGCAGAGCUCGUGCAUUCAUUGGAGAAAGCGUCUAUUGCCUCGCUGCUGGAUGGAAAGAUCAGUCAGAGCAUCAAACACCUUCUUUCUUUGCGAGACCGAAUCGAGGACACUUCCAGUAAGGUGCUGGUGACUGGCGAUCUGAAUGCGGGCAAAUCGACAUUCUGCAAUGCCCUUCUACGACGCAAAGUCUUGCCGGAGGACCAGCAACCCUGCACAAGUAUCUUCUGCGAAGUACUUGAUGCACGAGAGAAUGGCGGGAUCGAAGAAGUGCAUGCUGUACACAAGGAUGCCCAGUACAACCGGAACGAUGAGAGCACAUACGACGUUUAUCCUCUUUCUGAGCUCGAGAACAUUGUGAUCGACAACGACAAAUACAUGCAGUGCAAGGUGUACGUCAAGGACGUCAGGUCCAUCGACGAGUCCUUGCUCAAUAAUGGAGUAGUUGAUAUUGCUCUCAUUGAUGCACCUGGCUUGAACUCAGAUUCUUUGAAGACGACAGCUGUCUUUGCGCGACAAGAGGAAAUCGAUGUUGUCGUGUUUGUGGUAUCGGCUGCAAACCACUUCACUCUUUCAGCGAAAGAGUUCAUCCUUAAUGCUGCACACGAAAAGGCCUACAUCUUCAUGGUUGUGAACGGAUUCGAUCAAAUCCGCGAUAAGAAGCGAUGUGAGCGCAUGAUCCUUGAUCAAGUUGGUAAAUUGAGCCCUCGCACAUACAAGGAGGCUGCGGAAUUGGUUCACUUUGUCUCGAGCAAUGCUAUUCCGGUUGCCCCUGCUGGAGCCCUCUCCCAGACGGGCUCAGGCAGCGGCGGCGGCGGCGGCGGCGGCGGAGGAGAUGGUGAUCCAUACGAUGAUGACGAUGAUGAUCUCUCAAGCAAAGGAAAAGGCAAGGAGAAAGAGAAGAUUCGAGACUUUGAGAACCUCGAAGGGGCACUUCGCCGAUUCGUGCUUGAGAAGCGAUCACGGUCAAAGCUUGCUCCCGCGCGCACGUACCUGCUCAAUUUAUUGGCUGAUAUCAAUGGGUUGGCUACAGUCAACCGUGAUAUAGCUCAAGCAGAGCUCCAGCGAGUGACGGAUGAGUUGGCUGAACUUGAGCCUGCAUACGAGAAUGGAAAGAAACAAAAGGCGGAGCUGACCGAGAGUGUGAACAAUGCGAUUGAUGAAUCGUGCGAUGAUGUGUAUAAUCACACACGAUCAACGCUGGCGGAGACCAUUGCACAAGUGUCUGAGGCAGACCUGGGUGUUGAAUAUCCGGGCGUCUUUUCCGCCUUCCAAUACGCAGAGGAUUUGAAACAAGCAAUGCUUGACCAAAUUUCGACGGCGGUCAACGGGUGUGAAGACUAUGCACGUGAAAAGACCUCCCAGGGCGUAGGGUUCAUCCAGAAUAUUGGCUUGUUGCAUGUCGGUGAAGAUAAAUUUACGCCUCUCAAUUUUCGGGCUGACCUGAUGUUCCGUCGCGGACGCCGUCAUGGCCUGGCCCGGCAGGUCGAUACAGAGGUAGACCUUUGGGAUUUCUUCGACGUCGCAGCUCUCUGGGAUCACCAGGAGAAGAUGGCCGGGACUGGUGUUGCAAUGACCGCAGUCACCGUUCUUGGUAGCAGAGCUCUCGGUGGAUUCAGUUGGGUGGAUAGUGCUUUAAGUGCCGCUAGAGUUAUCGGUCCCAACAACAUGCGCCGAUUGUUCUUCCCGGGCGUGUUGGCUGCUGCCGUUAUCGCUACUGCCUACAUAUUGUCCAGCAUCCCCAAAACUUUACCACCACGGCUCUCAAAGAAAAUCGAAGCCACUCUCAAUGAGAUGGACUAUGUUCAUUCCAACGCCAACCGCAUUUCCACGGAAGUCCGUAAGAUCUUGCGCCUACCCGCCAACAACUUACAAUCAAGUUUAGCCCAGGAUAUCGAGGACCUUGCGCGACGCAAGCAACAGGUUGCCAAGGUCAGGCAAGAGAGUGAAGUUGCGUCAAAAUACUUUGCGAACUUGUUCCGCGAGAGUGGUGAGAACCGUCGUUCGAUUGAGGACCUUGAUCUCGACGGGCCAUUGCCGGGCGCAAUGGGAGCAUUUGACCCAUAG